AUGUUCCGCGUUUUCUUCGGUCUCUGUCUCCUAUCAGUUGAUAUUGAACAUAACGAGGACAACCCAGAAUUACACAAUCUGCAGUAUGACCAUGAGGCCUUCCUUGGCAAAGAACUCGCGGCAGAAUUCGACAAACUCACAGAGGCAGAAGCUAAGGAACGUCUUGUGCAACUUUUUCACAAAAUAAAUCAAGAUGGUGACAACGCUUUGUCAGAAGCUGAACUGAAACGUUGGAUUGCAUUCGUCUCGAAAACUGCUGUCCGCGUAGAUGCCACAAGGCACUGGAAAAACCUAAACCAGAACAAAAAUGAACCUCUGGCUUGGAGGGAUUAUCUUGAAAGAACUUACGGCAUGGAAGAUGAGGUCACUGCUGACCCGGAACGCAAAGAAACAUACAUCAAGAUGAAGCGAGACGAUGAGAGACGCUGGAAUGCUGCCGACAUGGACUUUGACAACAAACUCAGUCUCGACGAGUUCUCCGCAUUCCUGCAUCCACAGGACUAUCCGCGCAUGCGAAAUGUCGUCAUUGAGUUCAAGGUGGUGACAGCUUGUGAAAUGUUUUAA